AUGGGCUCUGACCUAGUUGGACUUGAAAGGGAAGAGCGCCCUUCGAUAGCAACAACAAAUAUCUCGGGCUACGGAUACUAUUUCCGCCAGGGGAAUUUGGGGGACGAGCAGUGUGACCUUGGUUCGCCUUGGGUUGAUAGCGACCACGGAAGCGCAUGGAACACAAUCGUGGUACCGCUAGACCCCAAAUUCUUCCAAAGCCCAUGCUUCUCCAGCCAUAUACUCCUUGACCACUGCGUCAGACAUUCAAGCACACGUUUACACCUGGAUCUGGUAGGGCCCAACGCAAUGGCACUGGAGAGCCCCAGUGGAUGGCUCUUAGGACUAGUCCGAGUGGUGAGGGUUGACUGGUGCGAACUCUUGAAGCCCCUCUCUAAGGCUGCAAAGGGACCCCCUCCCGGUCAGCUUGAUCGUGAGACCCCAACAGCUGCAUGUAAUAUGAUCUUUUCGACCUUUCAUUUUCCCUAUCUCAGACGAUCUGCCGGCCAAGAAAGACUAGUAAGUGUCCAUCCCGCACUAAUAUUGGUCAUUAAGCGCGUCCACAUAACCGGGGGAUGGCUAGGGCAGGAGAGCAUGCAGCACUGCACAGGGAUUCGGGCAGCACCCGAUCCCCGGUCCACGAGAGAUGGGCACGUAGUGUCGUUCACUGCUGUUAAAUCCAGAUCAAACCACAUACCCAUCGAUAGCGCCACCAUGAGUGAAGACCAAGACUCGGAUUCAACAACAACCGAGUACCAGUUUGUAUUCGGUACAGACCAGCCAGGCGCCCGCAGCCAUGCGAUGCGACAGUUCUGGAGGAGGAGGCACCAGGCCCUCCAAAGUUCCCCCCAGACCACUCGACCUCAGCUUAGGACACUACUUCCGAAGGACUAUAGCUCAGAGAGCAGAGGGUAUCAGCAGGAUGCAUCACAGGGUCAGACCCGCGAUCCACCAGAGGGUGAAGGUCAACAAGGCUCCGCCUACGCGAAAUCUCCAGCUUCAGACGUCGAUCACGGGCAUCAGUCCUCGAUUAUUCAAGGGCCAGGCCCCAAGUUCCCGAUAGAUCUGUCGGCCAAAGACCAAGAAAUCUUCUCUUCAUGGCUCGAUUUACAUGCUAGCUUUGGCCCCGGCUUGUCACAAAGUACUGGGUUCGACCCUGUACGUGAUCUCUGGUUACCUUUGGAUCUAUCGAAUAGUGCCUCGUUUUGUGCAUUGAUGGCUCAUGCGGCAGCCCAUGUCGCACACCGUCAAGGCCAGACAAAGUCGAUAGAAUCGGAAAAGUUUAGGACCCUGGCUGUGGGCAUCAUCGCGAAAUGGCUGGCCGAUGAAAGAAGAUCGACGCAGGAUGACACGAUUACAGCUAUUGCACGCCUCCUGAUGUUCGAGAAAUACUGGGCCAUCGAUGACCAAUGGCGUGCCCAUAAAAACGGCCUUGUCAGCGUGAUUAAUGCAAGGGGUGGGGUAGAAAAUUUUCGGUCAAGUUGGCGUCUUCAUAUGGUUCUCUUCCUGGCGUUUUCUCUGGCAGAGCCGUCAAGAAAUUCCUCCCCAGCGCAUGUCUGGGAAAUCACAGAGUACUUUGUCCCCGCCACCGUGCAUCCAGCAAUCGAACUUCGACUACACCAGGUUAACCCAAAGGCCUCCCAAGGGCUGAUCGCCUACCCUGAUAUCCAUGAAACGAUAAUAUUUCUGGCGAGUUCCUCAAACUUAACGGCAAACGCAUCGCCCCAUGUCCAAGAUCAUACACUCCUCUGCUUGUUCAUACUUGCCGUGAUAUUUCAAGAGUCACUCUACUCAUCAUCGCCGGAACUUGGUCGCUCCUUCAGCGCCAAAUUGCCAGUAUUAAACGAAGCUCUGUCUAAGAGCAAGAGUAUAUGGAAACGCUCUUCGCAGGAGCUAUAUGAGUUUCUGAUGGAGGAUCAUUUCAAUCUCCUGCUCAGCCCCUCAGCUCGCAGCUUCAUCACGAAGGUGGCCCAAAACCUGGUUUAUUUGAAUGAGUCCGCACAAGCAGCUGUCGCAAAAUGCCUUCUCAAUAAACUUCUCUGGCAGAGCCAAGACGUGAAGGCUGAUUCACAUCUCCAAAGUGAUGGAACGCGUUGAUUAUAAGUUGAGCGAUAUGCCACUCAAUGGUACUAUCCAGGAGGCUAUCGAGCAGCAUCACGCUGAAUGUGAUGUCUGUACUACAUAGUAUAGACAGCUGCUAGCAGAUAACCUCUGGUUACAUCUUUCUCGAUCCGUACUCCACUCUCCAUCAGGUAAGGCCGUCAUAAC